AUGAAAACUUCCGGGAACGAGCAUGUUGCAAAGCAGCUGGCUUCCUUGUAUUCGAGCGAAGACGACUCUGACUGCGUCGUGGUCUUCUGCCUCAAUCCAAGCAGCCUACAAGAUACAUCAGCUCCAGCAACGGGCGAGCCUUUUCCCAAACGCCAACGAGUAGGCGACGGAUCUGUUAGCAUCCACGGCCGGGGAGACUCCAUAAUCGUUGGCGAUCCUCUGCCUGGACACCAGCUGGUCCUACGGUUUGCCUCUGAGCGCUUCGGUGCGCAGCUGAAACGCUGGGAUACCAGGAAAUCCCGCAACGGGACAUCGGAGCAGAGCGGCCUUCCGCCAGCGACCGUCGACGGACGCCCAGUCCUGAGGGUGAACCUGAAUAACGAAGGGGAAGAACCCAGCGCCCGCGCCGCCAUUCGGUAUGCUUACACGGGGGAUGUGCGGGCGUCCAGCAUCCGUGAGGCCUUGGAAGUGCGCCGACAGGCGCUCAACCUCCGCGUUGAGGGCUGCGCGGCCGCCUGCAUGGAAAUCGUCAAGGCCAAAUUUGCGGAAGCAAGCGCCACCAACGCCACCAGCACAAGCGGCCCCGGCAACAAUGUGAGUUGGAAUAACCUAGCCGGUGAACGCAGUGCUGGUUUCGCCUCGUCGCCGAGAAGUGGCAGCAGCGGCGGGGGGGCCAACACCUCCACCGGCAUGACCAACUCCGCUGACGGCCUGUGCGCACCGAUUCUGUCUGGGCCGCUGCCUCCGCCAGAAGCUGUUCUGGAUCUGUACUCUUGCGAGCCUAUCUGGCCCGAUCCAGCGCAGGAGCCCGACUUUGCAGCCAUUCUCGCGGCUGCUAAACCACAGCUUGUUCGGCACUUUGGAGACGCGCUGCGCACACUCAAUACCCGCAGCCUGCGGCAACAGCUGCUCAAGCUGCAUGGCACGGCCGUGGAGGCCCUCCUCGAAUCGGACGACUUUGGCACUGAUAACGAGUCCAGCGUGCUGCUGCUGCUGGCCACCUGGAUGUCAGGCAACCACGCCUCAACCGAUGCUCUAAUGCGCGAGCGGCUGUGCCGGCAGGUGCGACUCGUGCAGCUGAGCCGGCCGUACCUCAGUUCCAUUCUGCCAGUGCUCGCGCUCGACUAUGAGACCUGCGGGGCUAGCGAGCCACUGCAGCCUGUCGCCGCGACGGGUGCUGCUGCUGCCUCCGUCGGCGCAGCCGGUGCCUACGCGCCUACGUCCAACAGCGGCGGCAUUGGUGCUGCUGCCACGUCUGCCUCCGCUGUGCCCGGAAGCACUGUGACUACUGUGAACGCCAACACAUGCACGAACCCCAUCAGCGGUGCAGCUGCAACCGCAAAUUCCCCCCGUUCGCCAACAUGCAUCGCUGCAGCAGCUUCGCCAGCUGCUUGGUUUCCAAUUCGUGGCGCAGAGGCGGCUUUCAUAUGCAGCUUGGUGACCGCACAGCCGCCCUUGCGUGACGCUCUACUAUCCGCGGGCCGAAAAGUCUAUGACAUGGACUCGCCCUGGUACAGCCAACGCCGCCGGCGGCAGUGCCUGCCGCCCACGGGCCUCGUAUACCACUGGCACAUUACGGAGCAGGAGCUGCAUCGUGCACUGGCGGAGUUGCAACCCGGUGCUCUGUGCUGCAUGGCCGGCUCCUUCCGAGGCGACUUCACUGGCACCGUCGUUGCCAGCGGCUUCGAGUGGUGGCCGUCCAUUGAAUACCGACACGGUGCGACGGACGCUAACUUGGGUCUGUAUAGCCAGUUUCCGGAGGCGUACCAGGUGCGCGGCUCGAGCUUCACUGGGGCCAAGUCGGCCAUUGCCGUGGUUGCGGGCGUGGACGCGGACCUAUCUGUGCACCAUUGGCAUCAGGAGGCCCUGGUAGACGACGGGGUGUACUUCAGUACGACCAAGGACAUCUGGCCCGUCGGCGGCGGUCGUGGUGCGAACGUGCUAGCGCUGCGACAGCUGCCGGAGGCACCUUCUAUGGCGCCUACAGCGGAGGUACGCAGUACUGGCGUCAGCAGUUGCAAGGGGUGUCGCGGUCUCAGCAACAGCAGUGCUACGACUGCAGUGGUAGGGGGUCUGCUGUCCGCUUGGAGCGAUUACCUUCGUGACGGUGAGGUGGCCGGCACGGUGACGCUACUGCAGCCGCCGCCGUGUGCGGAUGGAGUGUGGUAA